CCAUCCUUCAGCAUCCCCUCAUCAUCCACCUAUUCGCCCUCCUCCUCCUCUCUGGCAUUUUGUGCAGCAGAGGAGGAAAGGAGGAGAGACUGCUGAGGAGGAGACAGAGGGGACCCUGAGACAACACGUCCCACGCCAGAGCCAGACAGCCAGAGAACUUUGAUUUGACGCCAAGUAGCCUGCGAUGAAAAUGACGAUGAAGAGAAAGAGCCACGUUUCUUCUUCUUCUUCUUCUUCUUCUUGGGAGGUUUAGAUAUUUCGGGCGUGUGCAACAUAUGAUGCCCUUGGACUCAUAUGCUCAAUGAAGAUUUAUUUAGGCUAUCUCUGAUUUCGCUCCUCUAUUCGCUGAUGGCGCUGCUUCGUUCUGCCCGCACUUAGGUCAGCCCAAUGAAUGUGAAGGCAGUCUGAGCGCAUUGUUUCCAGCUCCGUUUGCAUAUGGGAUUUCCAGCCGUGAUGUCUGCAAUAUUUCGCUCUUUGUUUCUGGUUCUAUUCAGCCUGUUGUCAGUGGGUGCCCAGACGGAGAUGAAGAAGGUUGUCGGGGACAAUGCCACCUUACCAUGCCACCACCAGUUCCCGUCGUCCAACUCUCUCGAUAUAGAGUGGCUACUGCAGAAACCAAACUCCAGACAAAAAGUGAUCAUUACCUUCUUUGGGGGCCAGGUGUACACCAAUGAGGCGACGGGCAGCGAGGCCAGCCGUCUGUCCUUUGCUGGGGAGUACCUGGCUGGAGACGCCUCCCUGCUGAUCAGUGACCUGCUGCUGACUGACUCUGGGGAAUACCACUGUAAAGUCAAGACUGGGGGAAAGUACCACUGGAGCCAGGUCAACCUCAUUGUGCUGGUCAAACCUUCCAAGCCGAGGUGCUGGAUGGAUGGCAAACUCCUGGAGGGCAGUGAUGUCAAGCUGAGCUGCAAGUCCAGCGAUGGUUCUGAUCCCAUCAACUACAAGUGGGAGCGAGUAUUGGACAAAGGCAAGAGUCUGGGCAAAUUGCCAAACCUGGCACUGAUAGAUCUCAAGAACCCAGAGCUUGUGACCCUGCGGAAUCUCACCAUGGACAGCACAGGAGUCUACAGAUGCACAGCAAGCAAUGACGUGGGAGAGGAAAACUGUACCAUUGAGGUCACAAUGCAACAUGUGAGGGAUAUAGGCAUGGUAGCAGGUGCAGUGGUGGGAAUAUCCCUUGGUGUCCUCAUUGUCAUAUUAAUCAUCUGGCUCGUCUUCCGGAAGAAAGAAAAAAAGAAGUAUGAGGAGGAGGAGACUCCAAAUGAGAUCAGGGAGGACGCGGAGGCUCCCAAGGCCAAGCUAGUGAAGCCCAACUCCCUCUCCUCGUCCCGCUCCGGCAGUUCACGCUCCGGUGCCUCCUCCACCCAGUCCAUGGUGCACAACAGUGCCCUGCGUGGUCACCGCCCUCGCCCACCUGCUGUAGCAGCUGUCAAGGAGAAUGGACAGCCUCCAGGCUUCCCCCAGUCCCCUCCAGCCUACACUUCAGUGGUGCCCAAGACCCCCGAGCCCCCUGCCACUCCCAAAUACAACUCCAGGAACAUGUCUGGGCCCACACCCCCAACCCUCAUGGUCCCCGCCCAGACCAAGGCCUUUCAGACUGUGUAGGACUGAAAGCCAACCACUUCCUGCAGCCAUGUGAGACUCCCAUCCCAGCCCAAGCCCCUAGCCCCCUUCCCAAAGACUAAGACUCUUCCAUAGACAAAGAAAUGCAACUAGUUAAAAGGAUGUAAUUAAAAGAAUCAAUACUAUAAGUCCAAAAGUACUUUUAAUGAAUGCAUACUUAAAAAGGGAAAAUAAGACAUGCCCCCUACUGAAUUACAUUAAACAACAAAACAAAAAGCAAGACCUGAGAUGCAACCGUGUUCGUGUCUCAUGGCUAAAGGCAGAACUUAUUUUCUGAGUUCCGUCUUUUGGCUUUGGAAGGCACAGGGAAGUGUCAAGUGCAGCAAGGGGGAAUGAGCCCCCUAUAGUAGUAGACCUUUUAUUUAUUUAUCAAAUCAAAGGGUGAGGCAUGCAGUAUAGAAAAAAAGGAAAACAAUAAAGGCUGGAUGAUGAAGUAGAUCCAAGACAGAUACCAAUGGAGUUAUACAGCUGUCGAGCUUUGGUUGUCGAAAAAUACAAGAUGCAUAACAAGCAGGGCGGAAAGAAGGAGGAAGAAAGUGCGAGAGUGGAAGACAGCUACUGAUUUUUUUUUCCUGGGAGGAGGGUGGGGUGAGUCUCUGAUUCAUGUCACCCUGCACCUCUGACUCGCUAUCUCCAGCACCUGCUCUGAAACCACAAACCCCUUUGCCUCCCAUGGGCUGGGCCGAUUGUGCCCAUCCAUGUGAACAGACACAGUGUGCGGCGUGUGCAUCAUCUGCCUCAGUGCUCUCGGUCUUUUCGUGCUCUCAUAAUGAACCCGUGAGAAACCACAGCGGUCCUGAGACUGACUCAGCUGGCUCACAAACAGCUCAUCUGCUUUACCAAUCAGCAGGGGAAACUUCAGGUGUAAGGAUGUAGCAUUGACAGUGGAGUCAGAUCAAUGGAGUUAAUACCCCCCUCCCACAUCCUGUCUACAGAUAUCCUUUUUCUGGUACUGAAUAUCUUUCCUGAAUAAUUAAAUAGUAUGUAUUAGGCCUAUAGCAAGUAAAAUACUUUAAAUAUAGGGGAUAAGAAUCUAUUAGACCAGCUGGACUUGUUUUUAUUUGAUUGUUUUUCUGUUUUCCUGUGUUUCUUUUCUCUGAACAGGUUGUAAAUGGUGACAGACAGCUAUAUGUCCAUUAAUCCAUAUUAAGAAGUGCCACCAAUCCCUAGGAUGGGUUAUUAUUUGUUUGCUUUUUUUACUCUUUUGUUUACCUGCUACAUUUCUGAACCAAAAUCAAAAUCUGUCACCAUGAAUGUGUGAUGUAGAAAGAUGGUGGAUCCCAUUAUUUUCUGCUCCCUAUAAGGUACUGAAUCAAUAUUCGAGCUAAGGCACAAAGAAUUGACUUUGACGUUCAAUUUUACAAUUCCUAUGUCUGAAUGAAGGGAGCGAAGAGUAUGAUUCUAGAGACUUCAAUUGUAUAGGCUGUGUAUGGUAUCGUUGUCAGUACUCUCCCUGGAUCCAUAACAAUGGAGUGGCACUUGAUUGCUGUCUCGCUGAAUCACCAGGGCCGGCUUGGUUAUUGGUCGAGCUGAGCCAAUUCUCUUUUAGUCGUAUCCUCAGACCGGCCGAGUGAGAUUUGAUUGAAAGUAUCUGAAAAAAGGGGGAAAGUAGCCUAUCUAGUGUGCCUUUGCAAUCCCUCUUCUCUUCUGGUUUCUUUCUGUGUCCUUAUCUUCAGCACACCAGUGGUUAAGUCUCUGUUCACAUCCAGCUUUGAGGGUCAACAGUAGCAAAUACUGAGAGAUACAACUUCACAAAAUGUGCCCUAGAAAUGACAGAUGCAGCCUAGGGAGCACCAAGCAGAGUUAAUUAUCCAUGGUGAGAAAGCAAUCCCAUGCCAUGGGACAAUGUACUGUACAUUCUGUAAUCAGUCUUGUUUUAUAUUGUACAUACAGAUAAAUAUACGCACAUGAUGUCAUUUAAUUUAAUAAAUAAGGGUAUGUGAGGGGAGCUAUACCCCUUACAAAAGAGUCAAAUGGGAAACCCAAAAGUGAAUUUAAAAUGUGUGUUUUUUGUACACAUGUUGUGUGAACAAGUUAAGCCCCAUAUUCUGAUGUCACCUUUUGACAUUGUUUAUAUUUGAACUAAGUAUUAACAAACAUAUACAUGUAAUGAGUGCAAGUGUAGAAAAAACAAUCUAGAUAAUCCUAGAUAUCUUCACAACUACUGGCCAGAUUCUCAUGAGAUGUUGAAUGAAAUUUAUUGAUCCCCCUGAGGAUUCUUCUGAUUUUUGGUGACCCCUUGACAUUUCCUGAGGCACCACCAGUGGGUCAAAAUUUCCCCUUGACCAGAAAUUGGGCAUUGAUCUUGAAAAGUAACUGCCAGAUUUUCAUAAAAUCUGCUACAAGUAUUUAUACUCAACACAUAAUAAAUAUUUUGGUGAACCCUGACCUUUAAUCUGGCACGCCAUCCAUAUCAAAAUGACAUGUUGUGGGGCUGUUUAUACUGUCAAAGGAAAUAAGCUGUUUUUAUUUGUUUUUAUGACUCUCAGGACAAACAAUUUAAGGUCCACUACUGGUUCUAAGAAGAGACAUUUCUCAGUAUAACACUUUAAUAUUAUAGCUAGUACUGAAUAUUACUAUUCUCUCUGUGCCGGUAGCGUGUAGGUGCUAAAAUAGUAGUAGCUAAACGUAACUGGCAUGUUAACACGGGCAUACUGCGCAUGCGUCAACACACAGACGGUUAUUUGAACCCCCUUAUAACUGCACAUUGUAGUGAAUAAAUAUAAUGCCAAAGGCAGCAAUAAAUUACUUUAAAAUUCAUUCUACAUGAAGACGUGACUCACCUUAUAAAUAACGAGAUGUAACCCAAACCCUGUCAUUUAAACUAUUAUUGCUACCUAGCUAGCUGCUAACUGAAGUGUUGACGCUUGCGCAGUUUGCUAGUUUUCGUGGUUUCGGUGACUCGUUCAGUAACUACAUUCUAGCACUUAUCCCAAUAGCUACGGUAGCCCGGUAGCUUAAAUUUUGUUUCACUUCUAAAUCUAAAGUUUCAGACUGAAGUAAAACCUGUCACACAAGAUGAAGUAAUUCAACCUCACAAGUUCUGAAACCCAACAUCUGUGUGAGAAGCACAUAUGGUUUGACUUCACAUGCGGGAUUUCACAUGCGACUUAACUGUAAAGGAAGAUGAGAAAAAAUUGCCUUUUAUAUUUAACUAAAGACAGCAGUUCAUAUUUAAGCAGGGAAGCUACUGAGUGUGUGUGUCUGUGUGUGCGUGCUUGCGUGCAUGCAUGCAUGUUUGUGAAUGGGUGUGAGUGUGUCUGUGUGGGUGUGUGCAUGUAAACUCAGUAUAAGCCCUUGGGCCACACCCACAUAUUCCCAUGUUAUCCAUUCAAUGAGAGAGAAGGAUCCAGUCAGGCAAAGUAACCUCUAUCCAAAUUGAUAUGACUGCAGACUGGCAGUGUUUAUUUUAGUUUUCACUGACUUCUAUGCCUAUUAACCUUGGCU